AUGGAUCCCGCAGUACUCGAUAUCCUCACCCGGUUCAAGGAUUUAAAGUCUACCUCUGCUCGCCGAGCUUUGUACCAUCUUCUCCUGGAGCAGAUGCACCCUUAUGAAUGGCGUGAGGUGCGUGAUCGCAUGAACCAAGUUUCCUUUCAAAAGGACAUCCUGGGCACUUUACCUACCGAGGUCGCUGUACAAAUUUCCAGGCAUUUAGAUUUAUCAGAAAUCCACAUUUUCCGAAGAGUCUCCAGACGAUGGAAUUGUCUUCUAUCCUCUAGGCUAUUCCGCGAUGCUGUGUGCCAUCAGUAUGUCGGACACAACAGCAGAUCCAUUGCGCUGGAAUCUCCAGAUGCAUUUACACAAUAUGCCAAGCAGCGUGUUCGUCUGGAACGUGGACAACCGAUCUCUAAAGUCCUUAACCGACCGUAUUCUCCAAUACCAAAUGCGACAGGCUUAGUUGGUCUUGACUUUUCGCAUGGGAACUAUGGAUGGAUUGAAGAUGCGAUAGUCUAUGUCCAUAACCUCCACUCGAAUACGACGCAGAGUUUCUGCACCGAAAACCGAGAUACAUUCACUGCACUACGAAUUUCUGAAUCUAUUGUAGCAGCAAUAACACUGCACGGGUAA